AUGAACCAGAUCAACGGUCAGCUGCAUUAGCUUUAAAGAGGGCAGAUUCAAUUGGAAGCGGACAGGUGAAGAGGGGAGGGAGGUUCGAUAGCGAUCGGAGUUUCGCAGCACCGCCGUCGUCGCCGCUUCCUUCGGGUUUUGUCGCUGAGGAACCGUUCAUGGCUUGAUUACUUCCUGUGUUUGCGUGAGGAACAUGAUCUCGAUGCUUAAGGUUGAUUGCUCAAUAGACUACAUUUCUACCUAGGUCGUGAUUCCUUGUUGGAGCAAAUCACAUCUUUCUCUUUCCCAUUCAUAUCUGGAGGUAGAGAAGGAUGAAUGCUCCUGACCGUUAUGAACGAUUCGUUGUGCCUGAAGGUACCAAAAAGGUUUCAUAUGAGAGGGACACCAAGAUUGUGAAUGCAGCUGCUUUCACUAUUGAACGUGAAGAACACACUGUAGGAAACAUCCUUCGAAUGCAAUUGCACAGGGACCCUAAUGUGCUCUUCGCAGGCUACAAGCUCCCUCAUCCUCUGCAGUACAAAAUCAUAGUUCGGAUCCAAACAACGAGUCAGUCUUCUCCGACACAAGCUUAUACACAGGCAAUUGAUGAUCUUGACAAGGAGCUUGACUAUCUGAAGAAAUCUUUUGAGGACGAGAAGAAUCGGGAGGACGAGAAGUUGAGGCAGGGAUAUUAAUUUUUGGUAGAUAUGGCUGUCCAGUGGCUGAAAGCAGGAACAGUUGGUGCACUAGCGUAUUUAGAAUGACUAAAUUAAUUAAACAAUGGCGCGGUCAUGCACCAUGCAGUGUUAGUAAUUGUCUAAUGCCCCUCAGCUACCUGCAAAAACUUUGGAAUCACGUACGAAAAAUGUGGGCCGAGUUUAAUAUCUUAGCUUAGGUGGAUUUAAUGAACAGUGUCAAGAUGGUGAAUGAAUAUUCUUCAGUUCCACUUACCCGUAAACUCUUGAGUAGGCAAUCCCUUGGUCAAUAUGGCCGCAAUUUGUUCUAUUGAGUACGUGAAUUUAUAUGUUUAUCAGUCUUGCAAUCAAAUUUAUGUUUUAUGAAUUACCUAUCUA